AUGGCUGCUAAAGUGAGCACCCAGAAUUCAUACCCAGUGCUGCACAGACUAUCUGUAAGAACCAUUGAAGAAGACAUGGACAGAAUAGAAAACGGUGCAAGCAGGAACCAUUCAUUGUGCGAGGAUACCUCCUCAGAGCUCCAGCGUGUGAUUGCCUUGGAACCUAGAGGACUAACAGAAUCCCGCAGGAGUUCAUUUACUGGAAGAGGAGCACUGGCCAGAUUGUCAAGAUUAAUAAUAACAUUGCGAAACUGGGCCAUGAGACAUCUUAAUCGGGAAGACCAACGGCCUGACUCUUUUCUGGAACGUUUUAGGGGUCCGGAGCUUAAGGAGGUGACCAGUAGAAACAGCAACACUCAAUCAGUUCAAGAAAAUCAAGAUAAGCUACAAAAAACAACCAGUGUAUGGGUUCUUGCCAGUUACAAUGUCAACAACAGCAACAACACAGAGGAAACCAAAAAUGAAAAGAAUGCCGUUAAUGACAACAAAGAACAAAAGCAGGAAGACAAGAAAGAUGUCAAAAAAGAUGAGAAAAAGGAAGAUAAAAAAAAAGAUUCCAAAUAUGACAAGAAAGAAGAGAAACAAAAGAAAAAAGAGAUUUUUGUUAUUGACCCGGCAAGUAAUUUUUACUAUAGAUGGUUAUCAAUAGUUUCCAUCCCAGUGCUUUACAAUUGGUGCUUACUAGUGUGCAGGGCUUGCUUUGAUGAACUUCAGAAAACUCAGGUGAUUUUAUGGCUGGUUUUGGAUUAUAGUGCAGAUCUCAUAUAUGUUCUGGACACACUGGUAAGAUUCAGAACAGGUUUUCUUGAACAAGGUUUGUUAGUAAAAGAUGCCAAGAAGCUUAAAGAACAUUAUACAAAGACUUUUCAAUUUAAGCUUGAUAUGUUGUCAUUAUUUCCAACUGACCUCUUUUAUUUCAAACUUGGACUUAAUUAUCCAGAGCUGCGCUUUAACCGUUUAUUUAGGUUUUCCAGGAUGUUUGAAUUCUUUGAUAGAACAGAAACCAGAACUAAUUAUCCAAAUAUAUUUCGUAUUGGAAACCUUGUUUUAUACAUUCUGAUCAUCAUACACUGGAACGCUUGUAUCUACUUUGCAAUUUCAAAAGCCAUUGGGUUUGGAACAGACACAUGGGUCUACCCAAAUAUAUCACACCCUGAAUAUGGACGUCUUGCAAGAAAAUAUAUUUAUAGCCUGUACUGGUCAACCUUAACACUUACUACUAUUGGGGAGACUCCACCUCCUGUGAAAGACAUAGAGUUCCUUUUUGUUGUGUUUGACUUCCUUAUUGGUGUGCUGAUAUUUGCUACAAUUGUUGGUAAUGUAGGAUCCAUGAUAUCCAACAUGAAUGCAUCUAGGGCAGAUUUUCAGUCUAAAAUUGAUUCUAUAAAACAGUAUAUGCAAUUCCGUAAAGUAACAAAAGACCUUGAAGGAAGGGUCAUCAAAUGGUUUGACUACCUUUGGACAAAUAAGAAAACAGUGGAUGAGAAAGAGGUACUAAAGAAUUUACCAGACAAACUGAAGGCUGAAAUAGCAAUCAAUGUUCAUUUAGAUACUUUGAAAAAAGUCAGAAUAUUUCAAGACUGCGAGGCAGGAUUACUUGUGGAGCUUGUGCUUAAAUUAAGACCUCAAGUCUUCAGCCCUGGUGACUAUAUUUGCCGUAAAGGGGACAUUGGGCGUGAGAUGUAUAUUAUUAAAGAGGGGAAACUUGCUGUAGUAGCAGAUGAUGGUGUGACCCAGUUUGUUGUCCUCAGUGAUGGCAGCUAUUUUGGAGAAAUAAGCAUUUUAAAUAUCAAAGGAAGCAAAUCAGGAAACAGAAGAACAGCCAACAUCCGGAGCAUUGGCUACUCUGACCUUUUUUGUUUAUCUAAAGAUGAUUUGAUGGAAUCCCUCACUGAAUACCCUGAUGCAAAAACAGCACUAGAAGAAAAAGGACGACAAAUUCUCCUGAAAGAUGGUUUAAUUGAUGAAAAUGCAGCAAGAGCAGGAGCAGACCCAAAGGAUGUGGAGGAAAAGGUGGAAAGAUUAGAAACUGCAUUUGACAGUUUGCAGACUAGGUUUGCCAGAUUACUGGCUGACUAUAACUCCACUCAGCUGAAACUUAAACAAAGGAUAACAAGGGUAGAGAAAAGAGUGACAAAGUAUGGGAGUGGGUAUGUUUCAGAAGAUGUAGAAAGCAUAGCAGAAGCAGAUGCUGUAAAAACUAAGGACAAUGAAAAUGAUAAAUAG